UCUUCUCCUCCUCCUCUCUCCCCCUCUCCAAACGCGAGUCCUACCCCUAAUAUUGCAGAGAAAUUACGAAUCAAUUUCUCUGCAAGCAACCCGCUUAUCGAUUGCGGUGGAUUCGCCUGCUGCUUUUGCGAUUACGGUAACAUCGAUCUUCCGGAAGGAUUCAAUUUGUGCUGGCGAUUUGAUGAAAUGCUCGGAGAACGCAAUGUCAGUAUCUGGUGAGAUUUGCAACCUUGAAAGUGUAUACUCCAUCAAUAUGGCACUCUAGAACCUAAGACUGUGGCAGUUGGAAAAUGGCUUUGAAUUCUGAGGACGAACAAGCUGAAGAUUAUUUGUUCAAGAUAGUUUUAAUUGGUGAUUCAGCGGUUGGGAAGUCAAAUUUGCUUGCAAGAUUUGCCAGAGAUGAGUUUUACCCUAAUUCCAAGUCCACAAUCGGAGUGGAAUUCCAAACGCAAAAAUUAAAUAUCGAUGGCAAGGAGAUCAAGGCGCAAAUCUGGGAUACAGCAGGUCAGGAGCGGUUCAGGGCCGUCACCUCUGCAUACUACAGAGGCGCAGUUGGAGCUCUGCUUGUGUACGAUAUUAGUAGGCACCAGACAUUCGAUAGCGUCGGUAGAUGGCUCAAUGAACUUCAUACUCAUUCCGACAUGAACGUGAUAACAGUUCUGGUUGGCAACAAGUCGGAUCUAAAGGAUGCGAGGGAGGUGAGCCCUGCCGAAGGCAAGACAUUGGCGGAGGCGCAGGGCUUGUUUUUCAUGGAGACAUCGGCCCUCGAUUCUUCUAACGUGGCGGCCGCAUUUCAAACCGUGGUUAAAGAAAUCUACGGCGUGCUGAAGCGGAAAGUGGUGGCGUCCCAAGAGGUCAAUAAGCAAGACCCCGAGUGGUUGGGGAACGGGAAGACCGUAGUCCUGGAUGGAGAGGGCAAGAGCGAAGAAGACGUGCCUCCUCGAAAAUCUCGGUGUUGUGGGACAUAAAAUGAACCAUGACACUAACAUGAGGAUCUGAAGUCUUGAUCGUUCGUUCCUUCUC